AUGGAUUUCAUCACCGAGUACACGGACGAAGAGCAACGCAAAAUUGAACAAGAUUUCUUUCGCCUUAACGAUAAAUGUUACUUGGAUCAUGCUGGAACGGCACUGUACGGUGAGUCGCAGCUCCGGGCCAUUCAGGAACUGCUGGCCGGUAGUCUGUUCUGUAAUCCGCACACUAGCCGCACUAUGGAAGACCUAAUGGAUCUGGUACGGUAUCGAGUGCUGCGGUGGUUCAAUACUCGUCCCGCUGAGUACGAUCUCGUCUUUACAUCCGGUACAACCGCUAGCCUUAAGCUGGUCGGCGAAUCCUUCUGUUUCGGCGAACCGGAUAGAGCUGGUUCGUUCGUGUAUCUGCGCGACAGUCAUACGUCGGUUUUGGGGAUGCGUGAAAUCGUACGAACCGAGCGUAUUUGUCCGAUCGAGCGGACCGAAUUGCUCCAGGUGCUCAACGAACCGGAAUCCGUCCAUCAACGACGCAAUCGGCCGUCUUUGUUCGUAUUUCCGGCCCAGUGUAACUUUAACGGUGUAAAGUACCCGUUGGAACUGAUCAAGCUAGUGGAAGAGAACGGGGUGCGUGGGUACGGAGAGGAUGCGUUCCACGUGUGCUUGGAUGCGGCCAGUCACGUGUCUAGCAGCAUGCUUGAUCUUACCCGUUAUCGGCCAAGUUUCGUUUGCGUUUCUUUCUACAAGAUAUUUGGAUAUCCUACCGGACUGGGUGCGUUGUUGGUGCGCAAGGACGUCGGACGUUUGCUGCUGCCCGGUAAGCGUUACUAUGGUGGCGGUACAGUGAAGAUAGCGAUGAGCGGUGCGAAUGCGUUCCACGAGAAGCGAGACACGCUGGCGGAACGAUUCGAGGAUGGUACGAUCAAUUUCCUGUCGAUUGCCGCUUUGCUACCGUGUAUGGAUACGCUCAAAAGGCUCAUCCCAGGCGCGACAAUGGAGCGCAUUCAGCGGCACACGUUUCAGCUCGCACGCUACUGUUACCGGUCGUUACAGGGACUCGAGCAUGCUAAUGGUGGCCGGGUGGUGGAGUUGUACCACGAUACCGCCUUCGGAGACCCAGCUUCCCAGGGUGCUAUCGUUAACUUUAACGUGCUAAAUGACGAUGGUGGGUAUGUUGGAUUCGCGGAAGUUGCCUGCAUGGCAGCCAACCAUGGUAUAUAUCUGCGGACGGGGUGUUUCUGCAAUCCGGGUGCCUGCCAGCGCCAUCUGCGGCUUGCCGAUACCGAUUUACUACGUCACUACCAGGCAGGCCACGUGUGUGGGGAUGCAAACGACCUGAUAGACGGGCAGCCGACCGGAUCGGUACGUGUUUCGUUCGGAUACUGUACCCGACCAGCCGAUGUCGAUCGGCUGGUAGCCAUGAUACGACGCUGCUACAUACGCCGUACACUCACUGGGCCACUCGCCGUCGGUACCAGUAUGUCGAGGGAGCAAAUUCUAGCCCAGUACAAAAACUACGACCGACCCCGACUGGUUCAGAUCUGUCUGUAUCCGGUGAAAUCCUGCGGUCCGUACCGUGUCACCGGUGGAAGUUGGCCAUUAUCCGCCACCGGACUAAAGUACGACCGAGCGUUUCUCAUCGUAGACGAGCAUGGGGUAGCGAUGACGCAGAAAAAGCUGCCCACGAUGUGUCGUAUCCGACCAACGAUCGAACAGGACCGUUUGACGCUACGGCAUGAUGACCUCGAGGAUGAGCUGAUUAUCGAGCUUGACGAGCCGGAAGUGCUGGACGCAACACGUGCAGCGGUCCAACUCUGCCAGACAAAAGUGUGCCGGGACAGUGUGCAGGGUGUGGACUAUGGCGAACGGUGCGCGGAAUGGGUGAGCCAAGCACUCGGCGUUUCUGGGCUGCGAUUGUUACGCCAAUCGUCUCAGGAAACGCGCCGGGAGCGUCGAACGGCACGAGAACUUUCCCUCAACAAUCAGGCCCAACUGUUGCUUAUUAACCGAACUUCCGUGCGUUGGCUGCGCGAUAAGGUAGACGAUUGGGAUGGAGCAGAAAUGCCCGCGCUCGAUUCACUCGUCGAUCGGUUCCGUGGCAAUCUGAUCAUCGAAACAGCUCGCCCACUGGAAGAGUCCGACUGGCAACGGGUACGAAUUGGGGGAAGUGGAUUCAGCGUCGAUGGUCCCUGUACCCGAUGUCAAAUGAUCUGUAUCGAUCAGUCGAGUGGUGUGCGUACGGCUGAACCACUGCGCACGAUCAGCCGGGAGUUUGGUGGGCGUAUGCGAUUCGGUGUCUAUCUGUCCCAUGACCACGGUGAACAAAUCGCAAACGGGACGGACGCGUUCGACAAGGAACUGUACUGCGGUGCUACGGUUUCGGGUGUAAUCGAGGUAGCGAAAGAAUAG